ACAUUUGAUUCAGCAAUUGAGUUAUUUCUCAUCAAUUGAUUAGUUAUAUUCCAACCACAAAAUGUCAAGUCUGCAGCAGCAGUUAGAAUGUUUGGCUGCUCCGCAGACAAAUAUUUAUCAAGACAAGCGACUGAAACCUUCUCUUCUCUAUGAUGAUCAUGCCCUUAGUGACACAUUCUCUCUGGAUCAUUUUCAUGAUGUUGGCAUUUCUGGGUUCAAUGACCUAGUGAAGCUUAAUGGCAAGUUUGGCAAGUAUAAGCAUCUCUUCAGUGAAGAGUCGAAACAUGUGCAGCGUUUUGUAGCUGAUAGUGACACUAACAAAGUUCUGGAUGAGGCCAUUGAAGGCUUCUUGUUGCUACUAUCACCAUACUUCCUCACCCUCACACCUGCUCUCAAAGCCAUGGAGUGGCUGUUGCAAAGGUAUGCAAUUCAUGAGAUGAAUGUUGAUGCCGUGAUGAUGUGCAUCUUGCCCUACUAUGAGUCGCCACUAUUCCUCCGCACCGUUAAGGUGCUAAACUUGAAACAAGUUGGCAGCUCAGGAGAACAGAACAGAUGGAACUGGCUUCUGAGAGCCCAACAGUCUGGUAUGUUGCUUGUCAAGAGCAUAAUGUAUGACCAGUGGGUCCACAACCCAGCCUUCAGGCUUUUUUGCAACAAGUAUAUCAAGAAAGUUAUCAAGGUUCAUGACCGGGAUUGCGAUGCUCAGCAUGCCAUCAAUUUCUUCACAACAACUGUUGUUGGUGGAGUUGCCCGAAUGGCAGAUCUUGGUAAAAAUACGGGCAAGAGUUUGGCAACAGAAGAGCAUGUGAUGCGCGUGCUGCAGGGCAUGCAUGUGUGGGUGAAGUGUUCCUUCAAUGAGCUGGUGUGUGGCUCGUACCUCAUCACCAUGCAGCUCUCCAUGUCUGUGCAGCUCAACACCAACCUAUGGGAUCAAAUAAUAGCCUUGCUCCUCAAGUACCAGAAAGAAGAGCUCCAGGCGCAGUUGUGCGUGUGUCUGGUGACUGUGUACAACCACCAAUACAUGACGCGCAUGGGGCCUGCUGUGCUGGAACUGCUGCAGGAAAGCUCAGUUCUGCAGAAGCUUGCUGACAAACCUGACAACACUCGAGUUACCUCCUUCCUUCUUGCAUAUGCUGGUGGAUACGUCAAAUCAUGUCUGGAGGAGUACAGCGGUGCUGAGAAAGAGCUGCAGCAGCACCUGCUUAGUCUCGCCAUUUACCUCUCUCAGUUCCGUUUAAGUGCUGCUCAGGCUGCUGCUGUUAUCAGAAAUAUAAUGGAGGCCGCUUCUGAGUAUGGCCAGUCUAUGCCAGAAAAAGAGCUCAAAAGUUGCCUGUCAAGUUUGCUGGAGCAUUUCGAGAAGAGCUGGCCUGAAGGAUACGAUAAAGCGCUCAGCUUCUUCCAGGCUCAAGCUGCGUCUGCUUCAGCAACUGAGCAUUCCAAGGUCCUGACUAUGAUGAACUCUGUGUCUCAGAAGCAACUCACCGAGUCUCUUUCUGUGGAUGAAGUGUCGGCAGUGGAGGUGGCAAGUGCUGUGUCCAGCGUACAAUCAAUUUUGGUGUCUCUGAAGAAACUGAACUCAGCGUGCGUGCGCAACGUUGAUGCUCAGCUUACUAGAGACCUCGCUGACUCCCUCACCGACCAAUGCAUUCAAGCCGUCCGCACUUACAAGGUGGAGCGACAUCCAGUGAAGACCGCUCCAAAGCACGAAAAGGUUUGGCUGCAGUUGGCGGAGACCGGCGUGGUGGCUUGGGACUUGUUGAGCGCCGUGGCUGAGGCCUGCUUGCUCGUCGUGUCUGCUCUCACCCCCUCUACCAAUUAUUGCUUCCCGACACAUACUAAGCAGUGUCAAGGGGACUCUUUCACUCUCCUGCUGAGCCUCAAGCUCGUCUACCUGCUGCACUUCAAGCGCCGCAAGGCCCAGGUUCUCCUGAAGAAACUUUUCAAGCGUGUGGGAGACGACAGUUGCGUGCUGCGGCUGUUGUCAUCGAUAUGGGGAUUGCAACCUCACAUGCCUCACUGUGACCUCGCGACUCCUGAUGUCAAGGUCCUUUGCAUGGAGAGCGCCCUGUCGCUACUGCAGGACGAGUCAGGGAAAGAAGCCACCAAAACUUUGAGUCUUCUUGCGAUGCAGCAGCGUGAGUUCAUCGUGCCAAGCAUCAUUUCUGCUUUGUCUUUUUGUGAUGACGAUAGCGACGUGCAACGCUCGGUACGCUGCGCUGCCGCCCAGCUCGUCUCUACCAUCCACACGAACGUCACGUCAUCGAGCAGCGCCAAAGGAUACGCACCUCUCAUCUCGGCGCUUCAUAAGCACACUAAAGCUGUCUUCAUGGAUACCUCCUCCCAAUACCUGGUGUCAACCAUGUCAAGCGUAUGCCGAGAAGACCCAGCACUCCUGCAACUUGUCUUGUCCGCCGUGACAUCGUCAAGUCAGCCUCCACAUCUCGCUGGCGUUCUGCUCUUCACACUCGCCCAACUUGAGCACAAAUCAAUUAUUGGCAAGCUGUUGCCGAUCAUCGAGCGCCUUGUGCGUAAAGGUUCUGCUGAGGGCGGACAAACUUCUUCUGAUGCGGCAGUUGACAGUCAGUUUACCCUGGACCCGAGCGAGAGCAUGCUGCUGUAUUGGUCUCUGGUGCAUCUUAACAGUGAAAGUGUUAAAGUGCUAGAUACUGACAAAGGCUGGCAAGUUAUUUCGGCAGCUUUCAACGUCAAUAAAACGAUUAUUAAUCUCGAGGGGCAGCUUCUAUCUCCUCAAGCCGUCAUCGCUCAGCAGGUGAUCUCUCACAAAUUACUCCGUCACUUGAACUCGUCCAAAGCUCUGGGAAAAUUAUGGUCAUUGAUGGCUGCUGCAGCCUCAGACAUUGGGACCAGCCAGAGGAAGGUAUCACGGCUGCACCAGGCUCUCAAAUCCGUUAGCCUACACGCCAAAUUUGUCCUUGAACAAAUCCAACAGCUCAAUUUGAUCACGGCCACCACUUCUAUCAAGGACGCUCAAGCUAAAAGAAUGAAAAUAGACCAAGAAAAGAGUCUACGGAAAGCCAGACGAUCUGUGGGCGAUUCGAAGGAGACCCCCAAGUCUGAUGAUGGGGAGGACGUGGCCCCAACAAGUCUUCCUGGCAACUGGCGUCACUUGUACCUCCUGCUGGAGCUGCUGUGUGAGGUGGAGGGCGUGUCAGAGCCUUGGCUGCUGGUUGACAUGCUCUGUACGUGUCUCAACGAGGGCCUCGCAUUCGGGCUGCAGCUGGCAGAGCCUGUAGUGCAGCAGCUGCUAGCUUCCCUGCACCAUCUUAUUCAACUGACACUGACCCAUCCUCCGAAAAAUACAUCGCUGAGCAGCGUGGUGCCCGUGAACGUAGAGGCCGUAGUUCAGUGCAUCAGGCAGUCCUCGGACCCCUACACGCACCGGCAGGCUUUCCUUGUGCUCGCCGUCGCUGCCAACAUUCAUCCUGACGCAGUGCUACACAACCUCAUGACCAUCUUCACGUUCAUGGGCGAAGGGCUGCUGCAGCGUGAUGACCAUUUUUCGUAUCAAGUGAUAGAGACGACAGUGAACACCCUCGUCCCCAUCCUUGUCCAGCGGAGCCGCAACAGCUGCGCUGUGGGGGACGUGGUACAGGUGUUUGUGGACGCCUUGCCCGACAUCUCCGUGCACCGUCGCCUCAUGAUCUUCAAGCUGCUCACUGUCGCCCUCCAGCCCCAUACUCACCUCUGGCUCGUCCUCUCACUCACCAUCAAGAGCUAUGCGCUUAGCGGACACUCGCGCCUGGCAGAGGACACCUCCACCAGAAGCUCGAGCAGGAGUGAUCUGAACUCCUCCUACGCCAGUAGCGGUGGUGCGAGCGACGCAAUGCUUGGUCGUAAGAGAGCUGGAGAAUUGAACUUUAUUCUCCGUCUUUGUGAAGAAUUUGCAGUGCGAGAUCAAGUUAUUGCUGUGCAACAAAUCCUUGCACUCCUCACAGCACUGCCCACAGAUAUCGGGACUUCGUACAAGAAAAAUUGGAGCAUGAAUCAUCAGUUCAUCAGUGUCCUGAAGCUUAAUGCUUUAUCUGGCAAGCAGCUUCGUAACUUCAUCUACACAACAGUAGGCUUCCUCAACCAACUCUUCACUUCGGAAACUUUCCUGGCUACGUUGCUGCCAGUGUCAGAGAGCAGUGAAGAGAAGGAGCAGGAGAAGCUGCAGCAGUCGUACUGUCAGCUGCUCACAACUGUCACGGCAUACCUUGACACUACAACGAACCUCAUCUCGCACACGCAACGCACCGACACUCUUUCAUAUAAGUUCUGGUCGGCGCUGCAGCGCAAGAUAGUCGAGUUCCACGAGAGCGUGUGUGCGGUGCUGCAGUCGCGGCAGCUGCUAAGUGUUGCGUCGCUCCUCGUGCGCUCGCCGCUGCCGGCCGUCAAACUGCGCUCUCUUGAGCUCCUCAGGACAAGGCUGCUACCUUCUGCUGCCUUCUUCACUGAGAACGACACAGAAGCUUUGCUGCUGCUGCUUCCUGAGCUGCUGAGUCUGGGCUGCUGCGAUACCGAGAGUCAGGACACUAAGCAGGUGUCGCUGAGCGUCUUGCAUCUGCUGCUGCGGUUCUUGGGCACGUCGCUGAAGCCUGAAGAAGUGCUGCCGGUGUUGCACACCGCGGUGCUCCAAAUUCCAAAACAAGAAAAUACGGGUUUGGUGGUAAUGCAAGCCAUAUUGGUGGUUGCUGAGUGCAUAGGGCACGUGAGCAACGAGAGCAUCGCUGUGCUUCCUCGUCUCAUGCCCACGCUGCUCACCCUCCUCGUCGCGCCCUCUUCCGAGUCCGACCACUUGCCUCACUCGGCUGCCACUGCUCUGUAUAAGGUGAUAGAGAAUACACCAAAGUUCUUAACUCGCUAUCUGCAAGAGCUGCUGGUGCGUCUAUGCAGACUUUCGUGGCUUUUAUCUGCAAAGGAGUCGACUAAAGACCUGAAAAUUCACGCCAAGCUUUCCGCCCUCGCUACGGUCGUCAAGAAUAAGAUUGAGCCCCAAGUACUCUUGCCUAACCUCUUGAAUGCAUACGACGAAUUGAGUAGUGGGCCCAGCCAUGAAGUGUGCAGCGUGAUAGGCGUGCUGGAGCUCGUGAAGGAUUUGGUCAAGCGCUUCGACCAGUCAGCGCUGAGGACUCAUCAGUCACAACUGCUGGCUCUGCUCGAGCGCGCUCUGGGCAGCCGACAAAAUCUUAAAGAUCUUCAUGAUGCGAAUGACGUGGCAGCCAUUGAAGACGCUGCUAUAAACGCUAUCACACAAGUCGUCAUGGGGCAAGAUGAAGCUUCAAACUUAUCACUCCUGAAUAGAUUUGUCGCGUGGGCAGAUGAGCAAAACACGAUGCGCUGUCGCAUUUCUCUUUACAGAUUGGUGCAGCAUUUGGGUAGCACUCUGCAGGUGCUUUUCAUCAAAGCAAGGCUGGCCGAUCAAAUAUUUGAUCACGCAGUUGAAAGCCUUGCGUUAACAGUUCUGGAGAAUAAGUCAGCAUCCAGAGACGAGGCUGGCGCAAGUGAACUGUUGGCGUACGUGCUCGCAAGCUUGACCGAAAUCUUCAGGCAUGACACUGCCGGCUUCACGACCGACACGCGCUUCAAAUUACUUAUGGAUCCAAUCGUUCUGCAGAUGAAGAACACAAUAGGCGGAUUGGAGGCAUACAAGGAACGAAUUCAGAACCAACUGCGCUCAUGUCUUCUGAGCUUUUGCGGGGCAGCGCGCAAUGACGCCUUGUGGUCUGACCUUAGCAAGAAAAUGCUAUUGCUGCUUAGAGAGGAUCUACAUCCAGAGGUGAACGCCGGUGUGCUAGCAUUGGUGCAGAGUUUGGUAGAAGAGUUCCGCGAAAUGUGGUUACAGCCGAUGCUCACCGACACACUACCGUACGUCACAGAGGCGCUCGAAAGUCACCACGCACCGGUGGAAGAAGCAGCGCGCAAACUUCUUGCCUUCAUGGAAGAUAUUAUGGGAGACGCUGUCAGAGAACAGCUCGAAGUCUAAACCUCUUCGAAGUGAGAAAGAGUGAAUGAAACGUUUCAUUGAUUCGAAUGUCGCCAUUUUUCUGUUGCAUGUAAAAUCAAUCCGAAAUACAUGUUGACUUUAUAUGAAAUAUUGCUCAUUAACUCAUCAUUUAACCUUUAAGUAAUCAACAUUACUUCAUGUGCCAGACCGAAAAUCAUUGCGAACAAAUUAAGGCGUAGAGUUUAUUCAUUACACAUUGAUAUCACAGUCAUUAAGUAAAAAUUCUAAUUAUCACUAUAAAAAGUUCUCCUCCUAAUGACUUGGAUAUCUACAUUAGUAUCCAUUAAAUUAUUUGAGAUCUGAGCCAAACUCACAUUAGUUGAAUAAGUAAGCCAUCUUGAAUUACUCGUCAGCGUAUUUCUUGUACAAAUGAGCUUUAAAAAAUUUAUAUUUCCUUGGAACAGGUUAAGUUGUCAGGAACUGAUUAACCAAAGUAAAAUAUAUCAUUCCUUUCCUCAUCAAAAUAUUUCUUGCCAGCGUGAAGACAAUUUGUUUAACGUUUUCUGCGGCCCCUGCCACGUGCAUUUUGCUGCUGAGGCGGCAGCGUGAUGCUCGCUCCUGCCAUCUCAGGGUUAUUUGCCACUGACGUCGAGGCGUCCAGAUGCACGAGCAGGUCUCGAACUUGACCUUCCAGCUCCGCUAUUGUCUGGACGUGUACAAAAUAAAUGAUGAGCAACGAGUACAUCACUAGCGUUUUCAUGCUGAAUUUCAAAAUUGAUCAUGAAUGUAAUAAAUUUUUUGCUUUGAA